UGCUAAGCGCUUUGCCCUUCGAGUGCCUUCAUCUGCGCAGGCGCACAGGACCCCUUUAAAAAAAAAAAGCUCGCGCGUGGCCCAGUGGAUCAAGCCAAUCACGCAAAAGCUCGGUGUAGCGUCCGAGAACCCGGCCAAUCCCUUGCAACAUAACAUCGAAGCCCGCCGGUGCCUCCAUGACAUCAUGACGUUUUAUCCCGGUGAGAGGUUUCCUCAAUCGGAGCUCUUUCCGCCACGGCCCGCUCCGUCCCUUUGUUCCCCAGACGGUGCCCGGCCUCCCUUAAAAGGAUAAAAGGAAUUUAAACAUUUUGAACCGUGAAACGCGCUGGCCAAUAGGAGAGCGCGAAACAGCCCCGCUAGGGAGGAGCCAAUGAGAGAGCAAAGCUACGCCCCGCCUCCCGGGGAGGGCUGGGAUUGGCACCGAUUUGCCACCAAUCGGGAAAGGCGCUCUGUCCGAACGUUGCGGCAGCCAAUGGGGUUCGUGGUGGCAGAUUUGAAAGGCGGCGGCGAGCAGUCGGAGCGGCGGUGCCGGCCAGGGUGGAUCGUUGUCCGGGUCUCGACUUGCACCCAGCAUCACGUUUGAAAUCAGCAAAGGGCUCUCCCCUCCAAAGGGCUCUCCCCUCCAAAGUCCUCUGGCACACCUGGGGAAGAAAGGGAAAGAUCCUCUGUUACUCAGGAUGGCAAAUAAGGAAAAUACACCCAGUACCUUCAGCAGCCUUUCCAAAUACCGGGUCGCCAGCACGACAGGUUCCCAGUGGGCUCUCAGCAAGAGCAGCUACACUUCGGCCAGCACUCCCUCCGGAUCUCUCUUGAUGCACAGAGCCAUUAGCAACAGUGCGAACAGCAGCCGGAAACCGUCGGGUGUCCCGGGCAGAGUGCCGGUUGAGUCGAACUCCUCUGCCCCAGCAGCACAGACAGCGGCCAGUCGGAUAUUCACCAUCGAUGAUUUUGAGAUCGGGCGGCCGCUCGGCAAAGGGAAGUUUGGCAACGUCUACCUGGCCCGAGUCAAGGAAACUAGGUUUAUUGUGGCUCUCAAGGUGCUGUUCAAGUCGAGUCUGGAGAAGGACAGCUUGGAGCAUCAACUCCGGCGGGAGAUCGAGAUCCAGUCUCACCUCAGACACCCCAAUAUCCUGCGCCUGUACAACUACUUUGAUGACAAGAAGCGGGUGUACCUGAUCCUGGAGUACGCCCCUCGCGGGGAAGUCUACAAGGAGCUGCAGAAAUGCCAGCGGUUUGAUGAGGUCACAAGUGCCACGUAUAUGGAAGAGAUGGCUGACGCGCUCCUCUACUGCCAUGGGAAGAAGGUCAUCCACCGCGACAUCAAGCCAGAGAAUCUCCUGAUGGGGCUGAAGGGGGAGCUCAAGAUUGCAGACUUCGGCUGGUCGGUACAUGCCCCCUCGCUCCGGAGGAAAACCAUGUGUGGAACGCUGGACUACCUGCCUCCCGAGAUGGUCGAAGGCAGACCGCACGACGAGAAGGUCGACCUCUGGUGCAUCGGGAUACUCUGCUACGAAUUCCUGGUGGGGACCCCGCCUUUCGAGAGCGAGACUCACCCCGAGACAUACCGUCGCAUUUUAGCGGUGGAUUUCAAGUUCCCCUCAUUUGUGUCAGAAGGGGCCCGGGACCUGAUCUCCAAGCUGUUGCGCCGGGUCCCUAAUCAGCGGCUUUCGCUGCAGGGAGUGAAGGAACACCCCUGGGUGAAGGCCAACUCUCGACGGGUGCUGCCGCCAGCCUUCAGUUCUGCACACUUGAGCCAGCAGUGAAUGGACUUAUGAAUGAGACCCUGGCACCACCUGAGAGAAAAAGAGUUGCCACACAAAACCUCUUCUACUCUCUACAACCCUUGUUGGAAAAGCUGAAGGGGAGCGUAACACACGGGUUUUUUUUACUUUCCAGGGGCUAUCUUCUGCUGGCUGUGUCUGCCUCCUUGGCCUUCACAGUGAUGAAAUUCAUGAUGAAAUUCACCUCCUUGGCCUUAAUGGACUGUGGACCCUUCGGUUCUCCUUUUAAAAGCGGCUUUUACCUGGGCUCAUAACUGAAACAUUGAUAAAUGUUUCACUUUAAAAAGUACCGUUGGUUAUCCUGUUGUGUUUUCCUGAGAGAGAAGUAUUUAUCCUCUGGUUUUAUUUUUUUUUAAUCCCUGUUCCGCAUGUCUCUCUCCCAAUAAAUGUUAAUGAUUGUUUUUCAAA